AGAAGAGGUACCUCAGGUCCAAUGGCGACUGUGGAAGCAAGUGGCAGCGAUGGGAAAGGGCUAGGGGUCGAGACCUCCGUCACGUAUUACCGAUUGGAGGAGGUGGAGAAACGCAACUCCCCGAAGGAGAUUUGGCUGGUGAUCCACGGGCGAGUCUACGAUGUCACCCGCUUCCUUAAUGAGCAUCCUGGCGGAGAAGAGGUUCUGCUGGAACAAGCUGGUGGAGAUGCAACUGAAAGUUUUGAAGAUGUAGGCCACUCCUCUGAUGCCAGAGAAAUGCUCAAACAGUACUAUAUUGGUGAUGUGCAUCCGAAUGACCUUAAACCCGGAAGUGAUGGCAAGGACCCUCCGAAAAAUAAUACGUGCAAAAGCUACUGGUCGUAUUGGAUCUUCCCCAUCGUAGGUGCUAUUCUCUUAGGUUUUCUGUAUCGUUACUACAUGGCGGAGAGCAAGUCCUCCUGAAGAGACCUUGUUGAAGUCUGGAAAGCACAUCUACUUGGGAGUGAGAACUAGACACUUGUUUGGAGGCUGCAGCGGUGCCCUCUUCUCGAAUCCUGCCAAUUGUAUUCUUCUCCCUCGGACCCCAGACUGUUGGCCAGACAUCCACCUCAGCCCUGGGGCCAGUGUCCAAGUCAUUUCUCAGAGCCUUGCUCUCAAAGCACCUGCUCAUUGUGUCCUUGCCUUUGUUUCCUCUCUUUACUCUUUUCCACGAGCACCUUUAUGUUUCAAAACUUUCUUUUAUAAUUAUAAUCUAUGUAUCCUAGUGACAUUGCCCUUCAGUAAAAUGGCCUGCUUUCCAAUACUUUGAAUGCACGUUCGACAUACUUAACAGGGCAUCACACUCUGUUUUUUUUUAUUUUUUUAUUUUUUUUUAUUUUUUAUUUUUUAUUUUUGCGGUAUGCGGGCCUCUCACUGCUGUGGCCUCUCCCGUUGCGGAGCACAGGCUCCGGACGCGCAGGCCCAGCGGCCAUGGCUCACGGGCCCAGCCGCUCCGCGGCAUAUGGGAUCCUCCCGGACCGGGGCACGAACCCGUAUCCCCUGCAUCGGCAGGCGGACUCUCAACCACUGCGCCGCCAGGGAGGCCCCACACUCUGGUUUUGAAGCUUUUCUUUUUCCCUUUUUCUUUUAAGUAAAUAUUAUUUUAAAAACUAUGACUUAAUUAUCAUAAGAGGUUUAAUUCACGAAGUCAGGUUGCACACCUGCAACUUAAAACACAACUGCAGAAUGAUCUUGUUCCUUGUUUAUAUUUGUUAAAACUGAGUGUAGCAGGGAGCCCUUGCCACCUCCUAAGGCCACCAAAUGGUGCUGGGCAGAACUCUGCUUCCUUUUUGUUUAUGGGGAGUGGAGAGAAACAGGAAGAGAUGAAUUGGGAUGAUAGAAUGAUGAAUUCAUGGUAAUCUUUCUUUUGAAAAAUAUUGAAAAACACUACUUUUAGGACAGGAGUUUAGAAAAAGCACCAAAAACUUUAUCCUUUACUUUGGCACCAGUUCCUAGCCAUCUUUUUUCUUUUCUUUUUUUUUUUUUUUUUUAAACCCCUUACCAUCUUGUAUUGGUAAAAUAUAAAGUAUGUGUUUAGAGCUUUACAGUUUUGUUAAAGGAUUUUGCUCUUUUUUUGUUUAUCAACUGGCAAUUUUUUAUUCCCCUUUUUACAGAAGUAAGAAACUCCAAAUUGAUCAAAGGUACAGUAUUUAAUCUUCUGUUUGCCCCAGUAAAAUAACUCCCGUGGUAAAGCGGCAUUCAGAGGGGGUAGAUUGGGACAAGAGAAUGUUUUCCAUUUCAUGUGUAUUUUACCUCCAUGGCUCCAAUUUGUGGUUUUGUUGUUUUUUCCAUUGAGAAUAAAAAACUGGUAGUUUUUUUUUUUUUUCCUCAGAUGACUGUUUCAUUGAGGAGUAGGUUAUUAUUUAGAGUUAUGUUACUGUUUCUCCUUGGUUCGGACUUUAUCUGGUGUAUUUGACUGCUUCCCCCCCACCCCGCCCCGGUGGAAGCACCUGAGGAGACCGUCCACUGGGAGCUUUCUGCCGACAACUGUGGUGAUUUUUCUUCCCAUCCUUUGAGGAUGACCAGUCUACUCUGAGCCAUCGUCACAUGCAGCAGGAAGCAGUGUGGUUCAGGAAGGACCAUGGGCACUGCUCAGCAUCCUCCCCUAUUCCUGCUUGCCAGGCACUUGACAGGACAGGAAACUACACAGCACACCAGUGUCUGCCCAUGCAAACUAUUUAAGAAAAAGUUCAACCCAGGUCUUGUAUCCUGUGAUUUAGCAGUUGAGUGAAUUCACAAUUUGUAAAAAUCAUGUUAACCUGCUAAUCGCACACUUGGUUAUGACAUUAUGGAGAAAUUUUAGGGGCUUUCUGGCUGACUUAUAUGUCAGGGAUAUGGGUACAUUUUUUAAACAUAUCUUUUUUUUUUUUUUUUUUUUGAUGUGGCCCAUCUUUUAAAGUCUUUAUUGAAUUUGUUACAAUAUUGCUUCUGUUUUAUGUUUUGGUUUUUUGGCCACAAGGCAUGUGGGAUCUUGACUCCCCGACCAGGGAUCGAACCUGCACCCCCUGCAUUGGAAGGUGAAGCCUCAACCACUGGACCGCCAGGGAAGUCCCUAAAACUUAUAUCUUUAGAAAAUGUUUUGUAUGUAUUAUGAGAUGCCACUGUAAGACAAUUUAUUGAAAGAAAAAUCUUUGGUUAUUGUGUAACAGAGGUGGUGUGACUUGAUGCUCCUCCAGGAAGGCAAGGAAGAGUUGCCUUGAAUAAGAAUUGAUAUGUAAUUGCUGUAAUCAUUAAGUUGCAUGAUCACAUGGGCCCACACUGGGGUAGAAAAGAAGAACAAAGGAGUAUUGAGGAGCUGGAAAGGGAACAUUCAAGCUAAAACUAAGCCAGAAGAUAACUUGGGUCAAUUAAAAGUACGUUGGCAGUCCCCAAAACUGAAUGAAAAACAUCUGGCUUAGAAGAAAUGUUAAAGAACGAUAUUCUUAAGUAAAAUUUGUGUUUUUUUGAUAUUUUUAGGGUAAAGACCACUGCAAAAGGUAUGUUUUUCUAUUUCAUAUUGGUUGUCUUUUCCUGUUUAUAUCUGGACUUGUUUUUGUUCAGAGCCAGAGGAAAAGAUUUUCAGACUUCGUCUCAACCAUCCAUGAAAUCCAUCCAAUACCCAGGGCUUCUUUUGAUCUCCUGCUAAUAUCAUGUCACUUUGUAUUAUAAAAACCACUUUUGGGUCCAUUUACUAUUAUUCUGCUGCCUACAUAAACAACCAGGUAGAGCUUGUGUGAGUUUGCAGAGGUUUUUUUCUAAACAAUAAAGUAAUAUAGUAUGUUAGCCGAAUCCCUCAAAAAGGACUUUUGUUUUAAGAAGUAGACAGGAAUUCUUGAAACAGGCUUGACAUUGGUGGGUUGUGAAAACCCCUCUGGAGAGACAGUGGAGCCAGUCCCUGUUGGCCGGCCGGGCCUCCUGGGAUGUCUCUGGGGUGUUUGAUUGUUUAUUCCCAAGGAAGGCUCACUGCUGCCGCUCACCAUACUGUACACAUAAUGGCUGGAGAGCACAAGAGGAGGAGAUGAGGGGAAAUUAGUGCACCCAAAAUAGGGAUGUUAGUGCUGGGUCCCAAAAUUUCCUGCCCCUGUCUCUCAGGAAUUGGUUUUGGUUUCCAAAUGACUUACAUCUGUAAAGACAGGAAAGUGGUACAGAUAAAGUUUAUACUGUGUUUAGUUCUAAUUUGACCACCUAAGCAGCAACAAAAAUGCAUUGGAACCUAUAAUUUGAGCCGUAAAGUUCUUUCAGCCAUUGUCACAAAUCCACACGUUGUGAAAUAAGAAUAUUGUUGAGUAUAUACUCAGUUCCCAAGUGGAGCAGUGAAAAAUGCUUUACAGGCCAGAUAUAUUAUUACUUACAUAGUAUCUCAUGCUUAAAAUCUUAAGUGAUACCUAUCUGAUUAAAUUCCAUUUUAGAAACGCAGAACUUUAAUGUUCAUUACUUCCUUCUCCAGGAGGAAUGGAUUCAGACAUGUCUUGUCUCAACAGGAGAUUGAUCUUUUUUUUUUCUUCUUUUUUUUUAACCAUCUCGUUCUUUUGCCAAAUACCACAGAAGUAAUGGGAAGUUUAGUCACAUUUGAUGGUUGUGCCCUGGAAGAGCUUGGGUUUGGAAUUUGUGGGGGUGAUCUCAAAGGGAGGUUUCAAGAGAGGUAUUUGUCAAGUCACCUACCCUACAUCCAGCAUCCCACUCAUGAAUUUUAGGAGCUGCUUUGUGCCUAUACCUAUACUCUACAUUUGCUAUUUAGGCAAAACAUUAUUAUGAUUAUUUAAUUUCCUUUUGACUUCACCCUCUGAGCAAGUAAUAUUAACAUUCCUUUUGUGUAUUCAGUAAUGAAGUUUGUUUACCUAUUUUAUUUCAGCAUAUUUGGAACAAAGAUCUUUGUCUCUUUCUGCUGGAAUGUGCACACAGUGAAUGUUUGUUAGAACUACACACAAUAAAGAUACUGUUUUCCUUUUCUC